CAGAUCCGCAAGUUUUCUACGCAUGACAGUUUGUGUAAACCGAUAUGAUGUGUUACUAUUAAUGAUUAACAGUCCUUUGACUUUGUAACAAUGAGCUCUACUAAAUAUGAUGAUUCUGCUGAAAGACCCUUGUUUGGAGAGCCACAACCAAGGGACCGUAUGCUGAACCUAAUUGUUGGCGUUUUCACUUCAAUUGCAGUAGUUGUCACCUUAAUAAGUGCCUUUAUAUUUCCUCCAGGAAAAAUAAAUGGAGUCAAUGUAUUUUUUGCCUGUAUUAUUGUGCUUAUUUGUGGAUCACAUUUAUUCUUGAUUUACUGGUAUAGACAGGGUGACUUGGAGCCAAAAUUCAGGAAAAUGAUAAUUUACAAUGCAAUAACAAUAAUUCUUCUUUGUUUAUGUGGAAACUUGUACAUUCAUGACUUGGGAAACAAUAAAUAGAGUCUCAGGAUACCAUAAACUAAUAUUUAAUAUUUACAUGCAUGCUCGUGAAUAACUUAUGGUUGUAUAUGUAUUUAUGUAUAUCCUCAUUACACAUGCUUUAUAUAUGUAAUCCAUGAAAUGGAUUAAUUGUUACUUUAUUUUAAAAAUAAAAUAUAUUGCUUUUUU